AUGGCAUCUUAUUCAUCAAAACUAGAUGCUUUAUUUUUGGAUUUAAAGAGCAAAAAUGAAGAAACUCGGAAUAAAGCGGCAAAUAGUUUACGAGAAUAUGUUAUUUCUACAUCCCGGGAAAUACAAGAAGAUGCAUUUGUUUCUUUUAAUAAUGAUAUAAAUCGCAGGAUUUAUGAAUUGGUUCAUAGUAAUGAUAAUUAUGAGAAACUUAGUGGAGUUAUUGCAAUUGAUAAAUUAAUUGAUUAUGAUGGAGAGGAAAAUACUGUUAAAAUAACUCGAUUUGCAAAUUAUUUAAGGAUUGUACUGCAAGGAAACGAUACACAGACAAUGGUACUGGCUUCGAAAGCUUUAGGGCGUUUAGCAGUUCCUGGUGGAACACUAACAUCAGAAUUUGUUGAUUUUGAGGCCAAAAGAGCUAUAGAAUGGCUUCAAGGUGAUAGAUACGAAAAUCGAAGAUUAGCAGCCGUACUUGUACUUCGAGAAUUAGCGCUGAAUUCUCCAACACUUAUAUAUUCUUAUAUAUCUCAAAUAUUUGAUUUGAUUUGGGUAGCAUUACGAGAUUCAAAAGUAAUAAUCCGAAAUUCCGCGGCGGAUACACUUAGUGCAUGUUUAGAAAUUAUAUACCAGAGGGAAAGCCAGCUUUGUAUUCAGUGGUAUGUAAAAAUUUUAGAAGAAGCACAGCAUGGACUUAAAACUAAUAAUUCUGAUUGUAUUCAUGGAAGUUUGUUGGCUUACAAAGAAUUAUUAGUUAAAUCUGGAACAUUUAUGCAUGAAAAAUAUAUAGAUGUAUGUGAAAUUGUUUUGAGUUACAAAGAUCAUAAAGAAGGACUUAUAAAGCGUACUGUGAUCUCUUUAAUCCCUACACUAGCUACUUAUAAUCCUGAUAUAUUUGUUGUAUCCUAUUUACAUAAGUGCAUGCUUCAUCUUUUGGGUCAAUUGAGGAAAAAUAGAGAUAGAACAUGCCCUUUUAUCGCUAUUGGUCGUGUUGCAAUUGCAGUUGGAAAUAGCAUAGAGCCAUAUCUUGAUUCUAUUUUAGAGAGUGUUAAAGAAGGUCUUACAACAAAAGGACGUAGUCGAGAGACUCAAGAGGCGCCAAUUUUUCAGUGUAUUAGUAUGCUUGCUACAGCUGUUGGGUCAGCUUUGACAAAAUAUUUACAUGAGUUGCUUGAUAUGAUGUUUUGCUGUGGAUUAAGCGAGCCCUUGAGACAAGCAUUAGUGGAUCUUGCACGUUAUAUUCCUUCUUUUCUUCCUAUUAUACAAGAAAGAUUGCUAAACCUUCUUUCUAUCAUUCUGAGUGGAAAGCCUUUUAAGACAUUAGGAAGUCCUGCUAUACACCAGUCUACACAGUCUAGUUCUACAGGAAUUUAUGAUUUUAAAAUUUAUGAUAAUAAAGAUAGCGAGUUUAUCAUUUUAGCUUUGAACACUUUAGGAACUUUUAACUUCUCAGGUUACGUUUUGAAUGAAUUUAUUAGAGAUUGUGCUAUAUCUUAUUUAGAAAAUGAUAAUUUAGAAAUCAGAAAGGUAGCUGCUUUAACAUGUUGCCAAUUAUUUGUUCGAGACCCUAUAUGUUAUCAAACAAGUAGUCAUGCUAUUCAUGUUGUUGGGGAAAUUCUUGAAAAAUUAUUAAUUGUGGGGAUUACUGAUACAGAUCCUGUAAUUCGACAGAUGGUUCUAUCGUCUUUAGACGAAAGAUUCGAUAGACACCUUGCUCAAGCUGAGAAUGUUCGUUCUUUAUUUAUUGCUUUAAAUGAUGAGGUUUUUGCAAUUCGGGAAAUCACUAUCACUAUUAUUGGUCGUUUAACUUUCCAUAAUCCUGCCUAUGUUAUGCCAUCAUUAAGGAAAACUUUAAUUCAAUUAUUAACAGAGCUUGAAUAUUCUAAUAUAAGUCGCAAUAAACAAGAAAAUGCAUGUUUAUUAGGAUUAUUGUUCUCUGCUGCGCAAAAACUUAUAAAGCCUUAUGUAAAACCAAUGUUAAAGAUAAUGAUUCAGAAAGCUCGUGAUCUUAGUCCUGGUGUCGUUUCAAGCGUUUUAACUGCUCUUGGAGAAUUAGCAGUUGUUGCUGGAGAAGAUAUGAUACCAUAUCUUAGUGAUCUUAUGCCAUUGAUUAUAGAAAUAUUGCAGGACCAGAGUUCAACUGUGAAACGUGAUGCAGCUCUUCGGGCAUUAGGUCGUUUGGCAAUUAGUUCAGGAUAUAUUAUUGAUCCAUAUAUUGAAUAUCCUUCACUACUUAAUAUAUUAAUUAAUAUCCUUAAAACAGAACAAAGCGCAGCUGUUAGAAGAGAAACUGUCAAAGUUAUUGGUAUUUUGGGUGCUUUGGAUCCAUAUAGAUAUCAAAUGCUUGAAGAAGCUUCAGAGGAUUCUACUCCUGAACAAAAAGUUGUUAGUUCUGAUGUUUCUCUUUUAAUAGUUGGUAUGAGUCCGUCAUCUGAAGAAUAUUAUCCAACUGUUGUAAUUAAUACAUUAAUGAAUAUUCUUAAGGAUUCAUCCCUUAGUACACAUCAUUAUUCUGCUAUUCAGGCAAUUAUGUAUAUUUUUAAAACAUUAGGAUUAAAAUGCGUUCCAUUUUUGCCUCAGAUAAUUCCAGGAUUUCUUUCUGUUAUGCAAACUUGUUUAUCGGGUCUUUUGGAAUUUUAUUUCCAACAAUUAAGUAUUCUCGUUAGUAUUGUUAAGCAACAUAUAAGGAAUUUCUUGAAUGAUAUUUUUAAAUUAAUUUAUGAUUAUUGGAACUCCAAUUCUACUCUUCAAAUUACUAUUCUUUCACUUGUUGAGUCAAUUGUUAGAGCUCUUGAGGGAGAGUUUAAAACUUAUUUGCCAACACUUUUAUCAUUAAUGCUUCAGGUACUUGAAACAGAUACUACUCCUAAUCGGCAGUCUACUCAAGAAAUUCUUCAUGCAUUUGUCGUAUUUGGGUCCAAUAUUGAAGAAUAUAUACAUUUAGUGCUACCAGUAAUUGUUAAAAUGUUUGAAAGACAUGAUCUUUCUGUGUCAUUACGUAAAAUAGCUAUUCAAACAGUAGCUCAGUUAUCUCGUAAAGUUAAUUUUGCCGAUCAUGCUUCUAGAAUUAUUCAUCCGCUUGCACGUGUACUUACAACAGGAACACAUGAAUUAAAAAUGGCUUCUAUGGAUACUUUAUGUGCAUUAGUAUUUCAACUUGGUCUUGAUUAUACUAUUUUUAUUCCUAUGAUUAAUAAAUGUUUAAUAAAUAACCAUAUUCAACAUCAAAACUAUGAACUUUUAGUAUCAAAGCUUUUAAAAGGAGAAUCCCUUCCUCAAGAUUUAAAUUCAGAUGAAAAUGAUAGAAGAGCAGAUGAUGCAUCUUCAGCUGACAUUACUUCAAAAAAAUUAUCUGUCAAUCAACAACAUUUAAAAAAUGCAUGGGAGACAUCUCAAAAAUCUACAAAAGAUGAUUGGCAAGAAUGGAUUCGCAGAUUAAGUGUAGAAUUAUUAAAAGAAUCACCAUCUCAUGCCUUAAGAGCUUGUGCUAGUUUAGCUGGUGUUUAUUAUCCUUUAGCAAGAGAAUUAUUUAAUGCUGCAUUUCUUUCAUGCUGGACUGAAUUAUAUGAACAAUAUCAGGAUGAGCUUGUCAGGUCUAUAGAAAUUGCUUUAACAUCUCCUAAUAUACCUCCUGAGAUUUUACAAAGUCUUUUGAAUUUAGCUGAAUUUAUGGAACAUGAUGAUAAAACAUUGCCAAUAGAUAUUCGAACUUUAGGUGCGUAUGCUGCGAAAUGUCAUGCAUUUGCAAAAGCAUUACAUUAUAAAGAACUUGAAUUUAUUUCAGAACCUUCUACUGAUACUAUUGAAGCUUUGAUAAGCAUUAAUAAUCAUUUGCAGCAACCAGAUGCCGCUAUUGGUAUAUUAAGUUAUGCACAACAGCAUGGUCUUGAAUUAAAAGAGACAUGGUAUGAAAAGCUUGAACGUUGGGAAGACGCUUUGGCAACUUACGAAAGACGUUCUAUAGAAGAUAAUUCAUUUGAAGUAACAAUGGGUAAAAUGAGAUGUCUUCAUGCGUUAGGGGAAUGGGAACUUCUUUCUCAACUUGCAAGAGAGAAGUGGCUAAAUGCUGGUAAUGAUAUGCGGAGAUCUAUUGCUCCUUUAGCUGCUGCCGCCGCUUGGGGAUUAGGUCAAUGGGAAUUAAUGGAUGAUUAUAUUUCAUCAAUGAAACAUGAAUCACCAGAUAGAUCUUUUUUUAGAGCAAUAAUUUCAUUACAUCGUAAUCAGUUUAAUGAAACAUCACUUCAUAUUACUAAAGCUAGAGAAUUACUUGAUACAGAAUUUACAGCUCUUGUAGGAGAAAGUUAUAAUAGAGCAUACUGUGUUGCUGUUCGUGUACAAAUGUUGGCUGAAUUAGAAGAAAUUAUAAUAUACAAGCAAAGUAAUGAUCAACCAGAAAUUCAAUCAACAAUGCGUAAAACCUGGAUGAAACGACUAAAAGGCUCACAGCGUAAUGUUGAAGUAUGGCAACGUAUGCUGAAAAUGAGAGCACUUGUUAUUUCACCAAAAGAAAAUAUGGAAAUGUGGAUAAAAUUUGCUAAUCUUUGCCGAAAAUCAGGGCGUUUAGGUUUAGCUGAAAAAUCAUUAAAUUCUUUACUCGAUAAUGGUAAAGGAAUUGGUAAUUUUCAGUCAUGCACAAAUGCACCACCAAAAGUUAUUUAUGCUCAUUUAAAAUAUAUGUGGGCAACAAAUGAUAAAUCAGAAGCACUUGAACUUCUCAAGGAAUUUAGUACACGUUUAUCAAAUGAUUUGGAAAUCAAUUUAUCUAAUGAUACAUCUCAGUCAUUUGAUGAAAGAGAAAAAAUAAAUUUUAAUGAUUAUACUAAAUUGUUAGCUCGAUGUUAUCAUAAGCAAGGUGAAUGGCAAAAGGUUCUUCAAAAAAAUUGGUCAAAAACAAACAUCCCCGAAAUUCUUCAGUCUUAUAAACUUGCAACACAAUUUGAUCCUGACUGUUACAAAGCAUGGCAUGCAUGGGCUUUGGCAAAUUUUGAAGCAGUGUCUUUUUAUGAAAAAAAAAAUAAGAAUUUGCCUUCUGAAGUUUAUAAUGAUCAUAUUCUACCUGCUAUAAAAGGAUUUUUCCGUUCUAUUGCAUUAAAUAGUAGAAAUUCUCUUCAAGAUACAUUAAGAUUGUUAAACUUAUGGUUUAAAUUUGGAAACCAUGCACAAGUUGGCGCUGCCAUACUAGAAGGAUUUACUUCUGUAACUAUUGAUACAUGGCUAGAUGUGAUUCCUCAGCUUAUUGCUCGUAUUCAUUCACCUAAUAGUAAUAUUCAAAAAUCUAUUCAUCAGCUUUUAGCAGAUGUUGGAAGAUCCCAUCCACAAGCUCUUGUAUAUCCAUUGACAGUAGCAUCAAAAUCUCAAAAUAUUUCUCGUCAAAAAGCUGCUUUAGAAAUUAUGGAUAAAAUUCGAAAUCAUAGUGCAUUAUUAGUUGAACAGGCUUUGCUUGUAAGUCAUGAAUUAAUUCGUGUAGCUAUAUUAUGGCAUGAACAAUGGCAUGAAGGGUUAGAAGAAGCAUCUAGAUUAUAUUUUGGGGAUCACAAUAUUGAAGCGAUGUUUAAUAUCUUAGAGCCUUUACAUGAAAUGUUAGAAAGGGGUCCAGAAACUCUUCGUGAAAUUUCAUUUCAUCAGGCUUUUGGUCGAGAUCUUCAAGAAGCAAGAGAAUGGUGUAUAAAAUAUCGUAAGACUGGUGAAAUUGGAGAUUUGAAUCAAGCAUGGGAUCUUUACUAUCAGGUAUUUCGGAAAAUUACAAAACAACUUCCACAAUUAACUACAUUGGAAUUACAAUAUGUUUCUCCUAAAAUUUUAUCAGCAGUAGAUCUUGAAUUAGCGGUUCCUGGUACUUAUGUAAGUAAAAAGCCAAUAAUUAGAAUAAUCAGUUUUUCUCCUACAUUUACUGUAAUUACUUCUAAACAACGACCAAGACGCUUAACUAUUAGAGGAAGUGAUGGAAAAGAUUAUCAAUAUGCAUUAAAAGGACACGAAGAUAUUAGACAAGAUGAACGAGUAAUGCAGUUUUUUGGACUAGUAAAUACUCUUUUGUCUGUCGAUUCUGAAUCAUUUAAAAGACAUCUUAAUAUUCACAGAUACCCGGUGAUUCCUUUAUCUCCAAAUUCAGGAUUAUUAGGCUGGGUUCCAGAUAGUGAUACAUUACAUGUUUUAAUUAAGGAUUAUAGAGAAAGUCGUAAAAUUUUGCUUAAUAUUGAACAUAGAUUAAUGCUUCAAAUGGCACCUGAUUAUGAUAAUCUUACUUUAUUACAAAAAGUUGAAGUGUUUGAGUAUGCGCUAGAUAACACUACUGGACAAGAUUUAUAUAGAGUUUUGUGGUUAAAAAGUAGGAAUAGUGAGGCAUGGCUAAAUCGUAGAACAAAUUAUACAAGAUCAUUAGCUGUAAUGUCAAUGGUGGGCUAUAUUUUAGGAUUAGGAGAUCGUCAUCCAUCGAAUAUUAUGCUGAAUCGUCAUACGGGGAAAGCAAUUCAUAUAGAUUUUGGUGAUUGUUUUGAAGUUGCUAUGAAUAGAGAAAAAUUUCCAGAAAAAAUCCCCUUUCGUCUUACACGUAUGCUUACAAAUGCAAUGGAAGUUAGUGGUAUAGAGGGCAGUUUUAGAAUAACAUGCGAACAUGUCAUGCGAGUAUUACGUGAUAAUAAAGAAUCUUUAAUGGCUGUAUUGGAAGCUUUUGUUUAUGAUCCAUUAGUUAAUUGGAAGUUAAUAAAUACAAAUCCUAAUUUAACAGUACAUAGAAAUGAGCAAAGUGAUUCUAUGAAAAAUUUUAAAAAUCAAACUCAGAAAAAUGAAUCAACAUGGAAAAUACAACAUCGACCUGAAUUAUUGAAUCAAAGUGCUAUUAACGUGCUUAAUCGUGUUUCAAAUAAAUUAACAGGUCGAGAUUUUAAGCCCAAUCAGGAACUAGAUGUUCCAAGUCAAGUUAAUAGGUUAAUUCAACAAGCAACAUCUUUAGAAAAUUUAAGUCAAUGCUAUAUUGGAUGGUGUAGUUUUUGGUAA